GUUCAAUCUGUGAUGCUGCCUUGUUGACAACAUAAACGGUGCAGAUUUAGAGACGGGACGUUUUUUCCCGGUCACGUCUCUGGUCAUGGACCAGUACCACACGGUUCAGCACAGUCAUACCAAUAGCCAACCGCCGUUCAACCCCAUAGAAGAAAACGAAGAAGAAGGAGCACCAAUAGCCAACCGUCGUUCAACCACAUAGAAGAAAACGAAGAAGAAGGAGCACCAAUAGCCAACCGUCGUUCAACCACAUAGAAGAGGACGAAGAAGAAGGAGCACCAAUAGCCAGAGACACAGACGGGAAGUGAUCUUCAACCAGGAUACACGGGACAACGUGAAUGUCAACUAGUGUUUUAUAAACUGAAUUUAACCGUCAUAAUGAAGAACUCGUCUACCUCUUUUGUAUUUGAGUAAUUGUAGCUCCAUAUUGCAUAAUAUAGCGUCUGUAACUAAACUAUUUAUUUGUUCAACGUCGACAUUUAGAGGCAUAUAGUAACAAUGUUGCCGGCUAAUAGGUUGUGGUUGUCUGAAGCAGCUCUUGGAAUGUGGCAAAGCCUUCGAUAUUACUGCCAGGAGACACCCAGAAAGCUCAGAAUAUGCGAGGCAAUCUCACAUUUAGAAGUGGGAACAAAAAUCAAAGUGCAGGGCUGGGUUCGCUCUGUGAGACCCCAGAAGGAGAAUCUGUUCCUCCAUGUGAAUGACGGGAGCUCCCUUCAGUCUCUACAGGUAGUGGCCAGCUCAGAGCUCAACCACAGACUGCUGACGUUUGGGAGUGCUGUGGAGAUCUCAGGAAUCCUGGUCACCAGUCCCAGCCGCAAGCAGGACGUGGAACUGCAGGCUGACCAGAUAGAUGUGGUUGGAGAAUGUAACCCUGUGGACUUCCCCUUUAAGAUCAAGGAGAAACAUGGUCUGGAAUACAUCCGUCAGUUUCCUCACUUGAGGUGUAAAACCAACGCCUUCAGUUCUCUGCUGAGAAUACGCAGCGAAGCCACCACUGCUAUACAGCAAUAUUUCAAGGAGAAGGGCUUUAUUCAGGUCCACACCCCAGUCUGGAUGAUAAUGUCUGUGUUGUUGCAGGAGAAGGGCUUUAUUCAGGUCCACACCCCAGUCCUCACCUCUAAUGACUGUGAAGGAGCAGGAGAGCUCUUCCAGGUUGAGCCUGCAGGUCAGGUGAAGAACCAGGAUGAGGAAGGGCCCCAACACUUCUUCUCUGUCCCAGCGUACCUGACUGUCUCUGGGCAGCUGCAUCUGGAGGUCAUGGCUGGGGCGUUUCCUGGAGUGUACACUUUUGGACCAACGUUCCGAGCAGAGAACUCUCAGAGCAGACGUCACCUGGCUGAGUUCUACAUGGUGGAGGCAGAGAUCUCCUUCACACAGUCACUCCAGGAUCUAAUGAAGGUGAUGGAAGACUUGUUCAGGUCUACAACAGAACAUCUCCUAUCUCAGUGUCCUGAAGAUGUGGCUUUAUAUCACAAACAUGUGUCACCUGGAUACAGGGACUGUGUGGAUCUAAUGAUGAAGAAGAGGUUUAAUGUGAUAACCUACACAGAAGCCAUAAACAUCCUCAACAGCAGCUCCAAGACAUUUGCUUUCAAAACAGAUUGGGGCUCUGACUUGCAGACAGAGCAUGAGAAGUACCUGGUGAAACAUUGUGGCGAUGUUCCUCUCUUCGUCACAGAUUAUCCCUAUGACCUGAAGCCCUUCUACACACGAGACAACCAGGACCAGCCUCUACACACUGCAGCAGCAGUAGACCUAUUAGUCCCCGGAGUAGGAGAGAUGUGUGGAGGUUCUCUGAGAGAGGAGAGACUGGACCUACUGAGGACACGUCUGGCACAGGCUGGUUUGGAUGAGACAUACGGAUGGUAAGAGCAUUUUAAUUCUAUACGUGUUCAAAUUGUGUAACUAUGUUUGCUUAUAAUAAAGUACUUUAUUUUCUACUCCUUUCUACUCUACACUGUUCUAUUCUACUCUACACUGUUCUAUUCUACUCUACACUGUUCUAUUCUAUACGG